UGACUCCUGGUGCAUAAGUCUACGGAACAACAAUGCAGAGACACUUCGUCUUAUUUGCGCUUCUCGUGCUUUUGGUGGGAAUCGCAGCAGGAAGACAUGGAGGAAGUAAAAGUAGUGAAAGCAGCGGAAGUAGUCAAAGCAGUGACAUGAGUGGAGGCAGCGGGGGUGGAGGCAGCGGGGGUGGUGGCAGCGGGGGUGGUGGCAGCGGAGGUGGUGGCAGCGAAGGCGGGGAUUGCGAAGGAGGCGAAGACAGCAGCAGUGAAGACAACAGCAGCGGAGAUAGCAGUCAAGGGGGUUGCGGAGACUUUGAUUGCAACGACUUAGUGUCCAUCUUACUCACUCUCAUAGGAAGUCUACUUAACCUUGUACUCAACAUACUCUCAGAUGUGUUGAGGAUUGUGUUUAGCCUUUUAACUGAAGUACUUGGACUCCUUGGCGCGUCUGGAAACCUUCAAGGAAUCAUCGGACUUGGUUAAGAUGUUAUUAUGUUAUGUUUAUAUUUUUGUUAAGUUUGUGUUAAUUGUUAGCGUAAUACAUCCUAUUUUGAUAUUAA